CAGGCGAUUCUUUCAAUCUGUCACCCAGCGCCAAAGCGAGUGUAGCGCGUGGCCGGCGUUCCAUUAAUUUUUUUUAAAUUUUAACAUCACAGUGAAAUUUAAUUAAAUAUGAAUUUACCGGGAGACAUACAGGCAGAAGUGCUUGGAAUUGUUUACGAGUUCCUUUUAUCCAUUAAUAAACCGCUGGCGCAGAAGUUUCAAGCUAAGACACAAGCGAAAGCGAAUCCUGGUUUACCAUCACUGACAGAUAUAGUAGCUCAAUACAAGAAACUCAACAAAAACGACACUUCAGCAAAACAAAUAAAUAAAAAACAGGCUGAAAGCUCAGACGAUUCUAGUGAUGAAGAUGAACAGCCACAAAAGAAAACACCACAAGUUAAUGGAAAAACACCAUCCAAGACAUCUGUUCCGCCUUCAAAAAAGAAACAAGAGUCUUCGGAUGACUCUGACAGUGAAGAUAAUGCAACACAGCAACCUAAAAAACAGCCUGUGAAGCCACAAGUUGCAAAUUCCAUACCAAAAGCUGUGAAAAAACAGGAGUCAUCUGAUGACAGCUCGGACUCUGAGGAUGAAAAACCUAAGCAAGCACAGAAGCCAGUACCGAAAACAACUCCAGCCAAACAAACUCCUGUCCAAAAUAACAAAGCAGCAAAAAAAUCAUCUUCUGAAGAUAGUGAUGACAGUAGUGAUGAAGAACCGAAGGCCACACCAAAACAGCCUACUAAAGCCACACCAGCAAAAGUCACUGCGGUUACACCUAAAGCAAAACCUAAACAGUCAUCUUCAGAUGAUAGUGAUGACAGUGAAGAUGAGAAACCUCAACAAAAACCACAAUCUAAGGCUCCUGUUAAAGCCACACCAGUUAAACCUGCUGCAAAACAAUCAUCGUCUGAUGACAGUGAUGAUUCUGAAGAUGAAAAGCCAAAAACAGCUCAAAAACAGACCCCAAAAGGUAAGCAGACUCCAGUCAAACCUACUCCCAAAAAGGAAUCAUCUGAUGACAGUGACAGCAGUGAAGAUGAAAAACCUAAACCCAAUCAGAAACAAGUAGCAAAACCUCCAACAAAACCUGCUGCCACACCAGCAAAGGCUAAGGAAUCAUCAGAUGAUAGUAGCGAUGAUGAGCCUAAAAAAGCUCAAAAACCGACUGCAGCUAAACCUACUCAAACUGUAAAGGCAAAACAAGCUUCAUCAGAUAGUGAUGAUAGUAGUGAUGAGGAGCCACCAAAAGGUAAAAAACCAGUAGCAAAACCAACACCAGUUAAGAAACCUUCGAAGUCAUCAUCAUCUGAUGACAGCAGUGAAGAUGAUAAAAAAAAACCAGCUCCUAAACAGGCAGCUAAGGCAACACCUAAACCCAAGGCUAAGGAAUCUUCAUCAGAUGAUAGUGACAGUGAAGAUGAAAAGCCAAAACCAACACCAGCACCAGUAAAAGCAAAAAAGGAAUCAUCAGAUGAUAGUGAUGACAGUAGUGAUGAUGAUAAACCCAAGGCUGCCAAAGUGCCAAAACUCUCGGCUACUCCAGCAAAGUCACUAAACACACCAGCUAAGAAGAAGGAUUCCGAUUCUUCUGACGACAGCGAUGAAGCUCCAUCUGCAACUAAGAUUGUCAAGAAAGCUCCAAAGGAAACUGAGGAGAAUACUCCACAAGGAGGAGGCAAGAAAAGAAAAGCGUCGGAAAUGGAAGACGCAACACCUGCUAAAAAACCAUACAGCAACUUUGUAAAGGAAGGGGAAAACGGCGAAGAAGAAAAUGGUGAAGAUGAAGCUGAUGGACAAUCAAAUGUAUGGCAGAAUAAGGGCAGAGGUGGAUUUAAUCGGGGUGGUUUUAAUGACAGAGGGGAUCGUGGAGGAAGGGGAGGUUUUAGGGGUCGUGGGGGAUUUAAUGAUAGAGGAGGCAGAGGAGGUCGUGGUGGUUUUGACCGUGGAGGCCGGGGAGGGCGUGGUGGUUUCGACCGCGGAGGCAGGGGAGGUAGGGGUGGGGACAGAGGCGGAUGGGGAGGCAGAGGAGGGGAUAGGGGAGGACGAGGAGGCAGGGGAGGUGAUAGGGGCGGCAGGGGAGGACGCGGUGAUAGGCACUCUUGGGGAGGUGGAGAUAGGGGGGGAUUCAACAAAAACUUCAAUGACAGAAAGAGCUUUGAUAGUGGAGAAAAACAAAACAAAAAAAUUGUUUUUGAUAAUUAGAAAGGAGCGCGUGGCUCAUGGGGUGAGCGUGCAAGCAUGGACUUGAAGCAUACACGCGGCAAGUCAUUCAAACAUGAAAAAACUAAGAAGAAAAGAGGGUCAUAUCGAGGUGGUGUUAUCGAUAUGGGGGUGCAUUCUAUUAAAUUUGAAGAUUAAUUAAUUACCUUAGUUGUAAAAUAUAUACAAAUAAACACCAGUGUUUCAGGACUUAUAGCAUUUAA